CGUCGACACGGUCACGAUAGCGUGUUUAUCCAGCAUCCAUCUCCUCCGGCCAGCAUCUCCAUCAUCGAACAAUCUGCCUAGCAUGGACGCCGAAGAACGCCUGCAAGCUGCCUCGAAAUUCCUCCUUCAGUCGCCGCCCGGCGAGAUCAACGACGUGCUGAACGAUGUGCGCAAUAUCAUCUCGGACGACGAAUCGCUACAGGCUGGGGUGCUGCCUGCUCUGCGGGAGUAUAACCUUGCGCAGUUCAUGACGGCUGAUGUGCCGGGGCACAAUCAUCAGUCGAUUAUAAGUGAGGCUGCGAGGGUGAGCAGGUUGAGCGCGGAGGGGGAGGACGAGGGGGAGGACGAGGAAAUAGAUAGGUUCUGGGAUCCACGCUCGAGGACGAGCUUCCGUUUCGACCAUCUCAGUCUUGAAACAUCAGAACCCGAACCAGUGGAGCCUGACGCCGAAUCAGAGCCCUUCCGAGUGGCGUUGGAAGCAUCGUUGCUAACGUAUCUCGCUGCACACUUUAACGAUGGAGUGGCGAGCGUGUUCAGCACACCAGGAUCUGCGACGCGGUUCUGCAUCCAGAUCGUCGCGAACAAGUACAAUCCCUCUAACUACUGGUCAGGCCGAUGGCGUUCUGAAUACGUAGUGGACCUUGAAGAGCGGAAGCUCACGGGCAAACUCCUUGUGAAUGUGCACUAUUAUGAGCAAGGCAACGUGCAACUUGAGACAACGCACUCUGUCGACCUUUCCCUGCCCCCUGCGAUCACAUUGGACGCAGGUGCAUCAUCUGCAUCGAAGAUUCUCGCACUGAUCGAAGCCGAAGAGGGGAAAUACCAAACUAUCCUGAAUGAUAUGUAUGCGGACAUGAGCGAGAAGACAUUCAAGGGCCUUCGAAGAGCGCUACCGAUGACGCGUUCGAAGCUGGACUGGGAUAGGGUUUUGGGUUACAAGCUGGGUGCAGAGCUCUCAUCGAAUAAAACUGUGUUCGGCUCGUGAUAAAUGGAUAGCAGCGGGUCGGGCGGCGGGCUAGAAUUAAGGGCAGCGGACUGCACUGUAUAUUAUUGCAAGCCUACAUGUCUGAGUUUACACGUCACAAGUGAUGAUCGGACCAAUUUCUUGUGAUGGGGCAGUAUCUAUGUCCUAUUUUGUCGUAGAAACUUCAGUGUCGCAGUGUCUGGACCAUGAAGAGGGGGAUU